AUGACGAUGGUGUCGGCCCUGUCAGGAAGCACCGAAAGGGCCUUCUACCAGAGGACCAUCUGCCUGGCCAACCGACAGGGCAGCGUCAUCUCCGACUUCAACUUGGAAUUCACCCAAGGCGUGAACCUGGGGAAGGUCCAGGACGACAUCGACGCCAACUCGCUCCUGCCAGAUGGAACUCACCAACUUGGGGAACUUCAAACCGACUACCUUCCUUCCGGGAGAACACUGACGACGACCACCACUACCGGAGCGCCUGACAUCGUCAUGGUAAAGUCGGACAGGGUAUCCCGUCUCAUGCUGCAAGUCACACUACCUUCUGUCGCCGGUGACAAUAACCCUGUUCAUUCUGAUCAUCCUGUGCUGCACGGCGACGGCAGAGAGCUGCUGCUGCUCCUCCUGCAAAGGCUAACAACCCGGACCGUCCUGGACCUUGUCUCCUUUCCUCUACUUCCUGCUCUUUCUCCUUGGGACCCCAACCAGAAGAAACGCGCAAUGUUCAACUCCGACGACCUCUUCCGUCUCUGGUUCCCUCGGGCUGCAUCGAUGCUGUGUGGGAACGCAAACAUCUAUCGACGCGACGAAAGCGACCCGAUGGACUCACAGACCGAAGAAUAAAAAAAACUCGUGAUCAUUUCACCUUAAUUCGCGAGGAACACGCUCCCGUGUCUCAAGACCUGUGUGGGAACGCCGAAGUAAUUAAAAAUAAUUGAAUACUUUUAUAUUAGAGCGUCUUGAGACCUGGGAGUGCGCUCCUAUUCAAAGCCGAAAAUCUGCGACCUGAUCCUCAAUAAAAACCUGUUG